AUGAAGUACUCCGUCGCAGCAGUCACUUUGCUCGCUGGCCUUGGCUGCACGCAGGGCGUCCGUCGGCAAGACACCCGCCUCUUUUCUGUCCCGUCUCAGCCGACGCCCAACGAGUCCACUCCCACCGCCGUCUUCACCAUCCUCCCCGUCUCUACGGGCUCGGCCUCGGGGCCAGGCUCCUCGGGAGCCUCCCAGCCCUCCGAAACGAUUGCCCCAACUACCAUGGGCCAUAUAACGCCCGAUCCGACGACUAGCGGCGUCACCCCAACCAUUACUUCCUCAGUACGGGUCACCGCUCCAGGAUCCUCCGCUCCAGGAUCCUCCGCUCCAGGAUCCUCUGCCUCGGGAUCCUCUGCCCCAGGCUCCUCUGCCCCUGGUUCUUCUGCUUCUGGGAGUGCCACGCAAUCCGGUACGAGGAGCGGUUCCAGCACCGGCACACCUAGCACCACGUCGAAUCCGGCUGCUGCCCCUACCGCCUUUGGAAGCAAUCUCGUUGCCGGUGUUAUUGCUCUCGCUGGGCUGGCUGUGGCUAUUUAA